AUGGCGGCCUCAAUCAGGACGGAGACCGAGACCAAGACCAAGACAGAGACCCAGCAGCAAUUCCCACUGCCAGCCACCCCCUCGGCUGAAGAAAAGGAGGAGGAUGAUAAAAGUAUCUCAAGUGUUCCCUUUGUGGAAAUUCCAAUAGAGAGCGAGUUCACCAAGGACCAGGAGCAGGAGCAGGAGCAGGAGCAGUGGCGGGAGCAGGACCUAUACCACCACUUGGUGUACGGGGUUCAAGUGCGGCACGAAGCGCGUGCCCUGGCACGGGCCCUUCAAUGCAUCCUCCAGACGCAUUUAAUACCAAAGCCCUACGAAGCCCGUUUGGUGUCCUUCAUUUCGCUGAGCGACGGGGUCUGGGAUGUCAGCAAAGUGCGCCUCAUAGGCCGUGACCGCAAGAUGAAUGGAACAAUCAGCUUGCUGGAAGACAUGGACGAUGAUCAAUAUUCAUUCUAUGCCGAGGCAUACAUCGAUACGACUGGCAGUGGCAUCUACAAGAAGCUUCCCUACACGAUGCCCAUGACGCCCGCCUGCAAGGGAUUCAAGAUGUAUCUACCGUACUUUGCGGACAGUGCCAAGGUCGGAGUGAACAUCGAUUUUCCCGUCGAUGGACCGCCAUGUCCGUUACCAAAGGGCACGUAUUAUCUAAAGGACAUUCUUCUCAACACGUCCAAGUGGCCGUCUGUAAUGCCACGGGGUUACAUGAAGGGAGUAUCGUAUUUCUUCAAGAAUGGCAAAAGUGCAGGAGUCCUUGAAGUAACUACCCAUGUGGUGGAUCGAGAUUAGCCCCGAAAACAGGACAGGAAUCGUACGAUCAGUCGGCAGAUCUCGCACCUUUUCCAUAUACUAUUUGGAUCUCUCCUAAUCACCUGAAAUCCAAACGAUUGUUAAAUCUCUAAUAGAUCUACUUGAACCAUGUUUCAAUACAGAAUUUAUCAGAUC